CAUUUUAUUGUUGCAGACUUUCUGAUUCCAUUCUGACACCAGGAUGGUCAAACAUUCAAAUAUUGGAAAAAAGUUUUUGACUUAUCGUUCUGUGACAUUGUCAGGCCGGCUCUGGAACUGGGACUAUAUUUGAAAAAGUGAAAGAGAAAGAGGCAUUUUGGAAACGAAAGGAGUAAGGAAACGGAGAGCUAAUUACAGGACAGGCUGAAGAUUCCUACAAUGGCAUUAUCGUCAGUAAUACGUCGCACCUUUAUCAAUGGUGCACUUUAUUCCGCUGCAGCUCUACGUUUUGCCUCAACUCAACAAGAAAAAAAAGUUUACUUUGAUGUAACUGCCGAUGGAGAGCCUCUUGGGCGUAUUGUUAUGAAACUGAAUGCUGAUGAAGUACCUAAAACAGCUGAAAACUUUAGAGCUUUGUGUACAGGUGAAAAAGGAUUUGGCUAUAAAGGUUCAUCAUUCCAUAGAAUAAUUCCCGACUUUAUGUGUCAAGGAGGUGAUUUCACGAACCAUAAUGGUACUGGUGGGAAAUCUAUUUAUGGUCGUACAUUUAUGGAUGAAAACUUUAAACUAAGGCACACCGGCCCUGGUAUGUUGUCUAUGGCUAAUGCAGGACCAAACACAAAUGGAUCCCAGUUCUUUAUUACGACUGUAGCCACACCAUGGUUGGACCGCAAGCAUGUUGUAUUUGGAUCUGUAGUUGAGGGAAUGGAUGUUGUUAAGAAGAUGGAAAAACUAGGGUCUCGGAAUGGUACACCCUCUAAGAAAGUUGUCAUUGCAGAGUGUGGUGACCUGGAUGAAGCUAUUGAGAUUUGCAAAGCUCAACAGCCAUAACUAAGAUAUGAUGAGGAUGGAAAUUAGUUGAAAAUAAAAAUGUUUUAAAAUAA